GAGGAGAGGAUGUCGGGGCGGGGGAAGGGGGGGAAGGGGUUGGGGAAGGGCGGGGCGAAGCGGCACCGGAAGGUGCUCCGCGACAACAUCCAGGGGAUCACGAAGCCGGCGAUCCGGCGCCUGGCGCGGCGCGGCGGCGUGAAGCGGAUCAGCGGGCUGAUCUACGAGGAGACGCGCGGCGUGCUGAAGAUCUUCCUGGAGAACGUCAUCCGCGACGCCGUCACCUACACCGAGCACGCCCGCCGCAAGACCGUCACCGCCAUGGACGUCGUCUACGCCCUCAAGCGCCAGGGCCGCACCCUCUACGGCUUCGGCGGCUAGCCAAUGCCUCUCUCUCUCUCUCUCUUCGCGGGCGCCGCCCAUCCCAAAAGUCUUGCGGUCAAGAAGGUAACGAGCUCGACGACGAUUAGGGUUAGGGUUAGGGCCGGGCUCUCUCUCUCUCUCUCUCUCUCUCAGGUAAUGAAUGCAUUGCCCUAUGUUUGGUAUGAUCUAUUGUGUAUUAUUAAUAAUCAUGAACUAAUUAUUAAAAUCUUAUGUAGUGUUAGUAGUAAUUUCAAAUGUUUAACAAGUUAUGUGUGAAACUUAGUUUGUUAUCCACUCAUUUGUAUUAAAAGUUAAGUAGAGCCCGGCCCAGUUUCUGCAA